AUGAGGGUGGAGCUCAAGAGGAGGGCACGCGGCCCAUUGUUGACGCCUCCGGCCCCGCCCACCGUCCUCCGGCGGGUGGACUCUCACCGGCCGUGGCCAGUGUCGCCCGAGGGGAGGCCUGGGUGGGCCGCUCCCCACAACCGCCCCCUGCCCUUCCCGUCCGGGGCCUCCUCGGGCACCGCCACCGACUGCUGUCCCCCUCGGCGGCCACCUCACGCCGGGCCCCGUUGCCCUCGGCCUCCCGUCGGCGGCAGCGGGCUAGGCGGCCGCCGCCUUCGCCUCCGGCGUCGCCGCAGCCCUGUCUGUCGCCUCCCCGGUGAGGUACUCCCUGGUGCCAUGGCCGCCUCCGGAGAUGGAGGCCAGGCCCCGGGUGGCCAGGAGAACCCCAUGGAUGAGGAUGAGGCGGGGGCCCCGGCGGCCGGAGGGGGCAACGAGGUGGCCGGCGGCGAGGCCGGGGCCGGCAGUGAUGGAGUAGCCAGGGGCGAUGGGGUGCCCGCUGGAGACGGAGCGGCUGGUGGCGAUGGGAUGGCCGGAGACGAAGCGGUCGGUGGCGACGGGGUGGCCGGAGACAGAGAACAGGUGGCUGGAGACGGAGAGGCAGUGGCCGGAGAUGGAGACCGGGAGGCCAGAGACGAAGACAGAGUGGCCGGCGGCGAUCGGGUGGGCGAAGGAGGAGUGGCCGGAGAUGGAGACCGGGAGGCCGGAGACGAAGACAGAGUGGCCGGCGGCGAUCGGGUGGGCGAAGGAGGAGUGGCCGGCGGAGAAUGGGUGGCCGGAGAUGGAGACUGGGAGGCCGGAGACGAAGACAGAGUGGCCGGCGGCGAUCGGGUGGGCGGAGGAGGAGUGGCCGGCGGAGAAUGGGUGGCCGGAGAUGGAGACUGGGAGGCCGAAGACGAAGACAGAGUGGCCGGCGGGGAUUGGGUGGGUGGGGGUGGAGUGGCCGGCGGAGAAUGGGUGGCCGGAGGUGGAGACGGAGCGGCCGGCGGAAACUGGGGGGCCGGAGAUGGAGAGGCCGGCGGAGACGGGGUGGCCGGAAACGAAGCGGCCGGCGGAGACUGGGUGGUCGGAGCAGGAGUGGCCGGUGGAGACGAGGUGGCCAGAGGUGGAGACGGAGUGGGCGGAGGCGGAGACGGAGGGGCCGGAGGCGGAGGCGGAGACGGAGACGGAGGGGCCGGAGGCGGAGACGUGGUGGCCAUGGGCAACAGAGUGGCCGGAGGCGGAGUGGCCGGAGGCGGAGAUGGAGUGGCUGGAGACGGAGUGGUUGGUGGUGGAGACAUGAUGGCCAUGGGCGACAGAGCGGCCGGCGGCGGAGACGGAGCGGCCGGCGGCGGAGACGGAGCGGCCGAUGGAGGAGACGCAGCGGCCGAUGGCGGAGACCGAGUGGCUGGAAACGGAGUGGCUGGCGGUGGAGACGGAGCGGCCGAUGGCGGAGACGGAGCGGCCGGGGACUCCGGGCCCCACCCUGCCGAGGCUGCCGUUUUGGCCGUGCCUGCGGAAGGCCUCGGGGAGGAGGCGGUGGGCCCCGAGGGCGGGAACGCCUUCGAGGCUGGCGACGACUCGGACUUCGGGCCGGCAGAAGAGGACGGGGCGGAAGAGCCGGAGGCCGCCGGGGACGUAAUUGUGGACGCCCACCAUUUCCCAAUGGUGGGCUUUCGCUUUACGUUCCUGGACCUGGUGCAUUCACUGCUACACCUCGUCCACUACAACAACCACAUCCUCGUGCGGCCCCAGCCUCUGCAGCUCAACGUUCCCCCUGCGCCCCCAGCGGCGACCGCGGCCCACGAGGCCCAGGGCUCGUCAUCGUCGUCAUCGUCGUCGUCGUCGUCGGAGGCUACCUGGGAGACCGCGGAGGAGCCUGACAAGGAGGAGCCGGCGGCCACAGAGGGAACAACAAACUAUCAGCAGGAAAACUCUGAUAAGGAGGCGCAAGUCUCGGAGAGCGGGGAAGAAGAGACGUUUAACCAACAACAAGAAGGAUCUCACUGAAAAGCAUUUGGACCCACCACAGAACAGGCCCAAAAAAUCCAGCUGGGAGGAACAAAACUAGAAGAAGAAAGAAGAAAGAACCUGUUCAUUGUUUCUGGUUUCUCAUUUUCUAGAAGCGCAUGGGAAUUUUAUUAACACUGACGUCAUU